CAGCAAUACGGAAGUGGUGUGUGAGCUGGACCGAACUGAAUGGACGGUCGCAGGAUUGUCCUGUAAACCGAAACAUCUGUAUUUAAAGCCGGCGCUGUAAAUCAAAGCAAUGUCUUCUGAUGAGCUGGUGUAUUUGGGAGUUCUUGCUGCCUCCAUUCCUGUUGGGUUCUUCUUCCGUUACCUUAGUCCGCCCGUGAAGCAGGGAGCAGCUCUUCUUCUGGGCCUUUCCAUCACCCUCGCCACCUGUCACAUCCACAUACUGCACUCUCUGGUGACUGUGAUCGGAACAUGGAUUAUCAUAAAGAGCGGCUGGCGGCACGCCCCUGCACUGAGUCUCAGCUGGACUUUUCUCUACCUCCUUUUUUUCCGAUUGAUCACUUGGUUUAAUCUGCCAUCACCAACACCUUUCGCCAAUGCCAUCCAGCUGCUUCUCACACUCAAGAUGGUGAGUCUUGCCAAUGAGGUGCGCAGCUUCCACGUGGAGAAGAAAAACGACGUGAGCGCUUUUGCAAAGUCUCCUGUCAUUGGUGGUCUGACUCAGGAGCCCUCCCUCUACGACAUUCUGUCCUAUAGUUACUGUUAUGUGGGUAUAAUGACCGGCCCAUUUUUUCGCUUUCAAACAUAUGUUGACUGGCUGAGGCAGCCAAGCCCUCUGGCUCUGCCCAGCUGGGUGCCUUGUCUGCAGCGCUUGAAGCUGGUCCCUGUCUAUGGUGCUCUGUUCGUGUAUGUCAACUCCAUUUUUCCACUGGCAUACGUCCGCACAGAGGAGUUCCUGGAUGAGAACAUCUUCUUCAGGUUGUUCUACAUGGUGGCAGUAUUUUUCGUGUUUAGGAUGCGUUUCUAUGCUGCGUGGUGUGGAGCUGAGGCAGGAUGCAUCAGCGCAGGUCUCGGCUGCUACCCAGAAAAGGCACUUUCCAAACCCGGAGGAGGGCCGACCAUCAACUACAGCCCUGAUCCAACCGCUGAAGAGAAAUAUGACUUCAAAACCAUCCAGAACAUUGACUGUUACAACACUGACUUCUGUGUCAAGGUCCGGCAUGGCAUGCGUUACUGGAACAUGACAGUGCAGUGGUGGUUGCAUCAUUACAUCUACCCUAACGCCCCCUUCAGUUCCUACACACUCAGGGCUGGAUGGACCAUGUUCAUCAGUGCCUACUGGCAUGGCCUACAUGCUGGGUACUACCUCUCCUUCCUCACCAUCCCCUUGUGCAUUGCAGCAGAGUCUGCCAUGGAGGCCUCUGUCAGAGCAAAACUUGGUCCUCGUGGCCAGAACAUCUUUGACUGGAUUCACUGGUUCCUGAAGAUGAGGGCCUACGACUCCAUGUGCAUGGGCUUUGUGCUGCUAAAGGCCUCCGACACCAUCAACUACUGGAUGUCCAUCUACUUUAUCAUACACGUGAUUGCUGUUUGCUGUAUAAUAGUGGGCAGGGCUUUAAAGGGGGGGAAAAGAGAAGGGAGGAAGGAGGACAUGGAAAAGAAAAGAGAGGGAGAGAAGAUGGAAAAUGUGAAAGAGAAAACUGGAGAGAAAACAGACUGAAAGGAGGUACUGAAAAGUACCGGCUGGAAUAAUUUUGGGACAUGAGGAGGAGUUGCUUCAGUGCUAGGAUUCCAGACAUUGUUCAGAUAAAUGCUCAACAAACAUCACACAUAUCUAAGGCGAUUUCUUGAGUGAAAAGUAUAUUUUAUUCAAAACACAGGUGAAAAAGUGACUUUUAAAACCUGGUUAAAAAAUCCUGACUGGAAAUGUUUUCUAUGUUCAUAAAAAUUCUGUGAAUUAUGGGAGAGAAAGGUCCAAACUGGGUGAAUGUUAGUUUUGUGGUGUGAGUGUCAGCUGGGGUGUGGACAGACAAUUCACUCACCGCACUUCUGUGUAUUCCUGAUUACAUGCUAAUUUAGGUAAGAUUAGUCUUUUUUUUGCAGUAUUUAGGAAGUGUCAAAUCAAAAUUGUUGACAUGCCAACAUGCUAUUACAGUAUAAAGGUAGUAGAUUGAUAUUUAUUUAAUUGGUGUACCAAAAGUUUUGUCGACUAACAAAGCAUUCAAACUAGUGGUGAUCAGCAUUCAAUCCAAUGUUACAGCUGGUCCUGGAUUCAGUCUGGUUGAGGUUUGAAUACGCAAAUUAACCCAUUCCAGUCCAGCAGAGAAGCAGACGGGGAUUGAAAAUAGGCUGGAGCUUUUAAGGUUUAGAUGAAGUUUCCAUUUCUGCUUAUUGACGCUAAGAUAUUCAGAUGUUUAAACACCACUGUCUAAUAGUCUUAAAUUCAUAUGACCAUUUUAGUGUUUUGGCUUAUGCUUAUUAUCCUGGGAGUCCAAAAUGUUUAGGUGUUGGGAUGUUUUUUUUUUUUUUUGUUGUUUUUUGUUGUUUUUGUCCUUCUCAUCUGUCUUUUCACUGUUAGUGCUUCAGAUCAGACCAGGAACAUAUGCACUGAUAUCUUAAGAUCAGUGUUGCAUCUGGAAGCGGGCCAUGUGAGAUGUAAAAACAAUCUGUUCACUGCCAAAGCGUGUGUCCAGCCAUCAUGUCACUGUUCAGGGUCGGGACCAAUAUUUGACAAGUUUCAAGUUUUAUGACAUUUCUAUGAGCCUCCAGCGUUAGUUGUGAAUAGUAGCACAGCUGGGGCAGGAUGGAUCACACAAUGUUCCAAUAUUAUUGUGCUUCGAUGUUUAAAUAGCAAACAUAUUUUGUAAAUGAUCAAACAAAACAAUAACGUGCUGCAUUAUAUUAUAUGAUACAAAGUCUUUCUGUGAAAAAACUUCAGCUACAAAUCUUUUCUGGGUUUCAGCAACAUUAAUUUAGAUGGUAGAGAUUUCUGCAAUAAUAGAUAAAAUAUAUUUCCACAUUGUGAACAGUUUAUAGUUUAUAGUUUUGAAACUCACCCUUGUUAUGUGAUUUUUUUUCUUUAGUGGGAUCUGUAUUUUUUUCUUUUGUUAUGGUGUUAAAUAAUCUUAUUUCCUUUAUAUUUUCAUGUCUCAUGUCAUUUGAAUUACUUAUUGAUUCUAUGUUUUGCCAUCAUUCCCUCUCUGUACCAAGCCACUUAGAGAAAAGGUUCCCUUUAUCUUUGCACAGCGACGUUGCACUGUGGUGAUGUGAAUAUUUCUCCCCUGCUUUUGUCAGUUCAUAUAGACUAUUUAUUUUCUGCCUCUUAUCCGUUUUUGUUUUUAUAUCUGGUUUCAACUGUAAAUCUUACUGCUUUGUAACGCUGUUACGGAUGGAAUACACGCUAUCAGCAUUUCCUCACCA